AUGAGACAUUUCAAUCGAGAACCAGGUCCUGUAGUCACACCGGAGAUAUUGAUAACUGCAUUUACAGGUAAAGCAGCACACAACGUUAAUGGAUUAACAGCUCAUACAGCAUUUAGUCUUAUAAUGACCGAGAGAAAUCAAGAACAUUCAAACAGUAUUUCCCCAGAAGCAUUGAAUACUUUAAGAGUGAAAUUGAAGAACUUAAAACUGAUAAUAAUUGAUGAAAUUUCAAUGAUGGGAUUAAGUACAUUUGAGAAAAUUAAUAACCGAUUGAUGCAAGUAUUUCAAACAAAAAAGGAAUUUGGCGGUCGUUCAAUCAUUACAUUUGGUGAUUUCCAGCAGCUGCGACCUGUCAAUGACAGUUUUAUUUUUGGAACUAGCAGAAACAGUUUGAGUCAUCUUUUUGGAAAUCCAUUAUGGGAAAAAUUUAAAAUAUUUGAGUUGACUGAAAUCAUGCGGCAACGUGAUGAUUUAAUAUUCGCACAAUUACUAGGACGACUUGCCAAGGGCAAAUUAACUCAAAGUGACAUCAAUUUAAUAAAAACAAGAACCUUUGUUGAAAACCCUAGAGACUUGAAAGCAGGAGAUAAAUUAUUACCAGAUAAAGGAAAGAAGAGUUGUCAUUUGAUUUGGCAGAAUGCAUUAGUAGAAGAACACAAUAGCCGUCGUAUACAAGAACUUCGUGGCCCAAACUCAACAGCAAUAACAUUUCGUGCCGUAGACAAAAUCACUGGAGCAAAUUCAGAAGUAGAGAAAAGGCAAGUUCGUUUUAAUUUGCAAAAUUUAAGCUAUCGACAAACUCAAGGACUAAUGACUGAAUUAUUGCUGCAAAAAGGAGUAAAGUAUAUGAUCACAACAAAUAUUGAUGUUGCGGAUGGACUUUACAAUGGUGCAGUAGGUGAAUUAAUGUUUAUGGAAUUUAAAGGAGGUCAGCUUGAAGCAAUUUAUCUAAAGUUUGAAGACGCAAGCAUAGGAAGGAAGGCACGAUCAGUUAGACGAGGAAUCAUGGAAGCGACAACAGCAAUUGACACAGCAUGGACUCCAAUUACCAGAGUCAAACUUACCUUUCAUGUGACUAAGAAUCCUGCUCAGGUUGUACGUGAACAGUAUCCAUUGGUACCAGCAGAGGCAUACACAAUUCAUAAGUCUCAAGGAUCGACAUUAGAAAGUGUCACAGUAGUUUUAGUUCCAAGAAUGACCAGACAACUUAUCUACGUAGCUUUCUCACGUGCUAAGACGCUUGAUGGACUUCACAUAAUUGGACGAUUUAUUCCUCCAACUCCACCUCGGGAUGAUGAUCCUGUUGUUAUAGAAAUGAAGAGACUACGAGAUACCGCACAGUUCAUACCUAAGUUUCAACACCUCAAGAUAGUACCAGCAAAUGAGAUUCAAAUUGUCUCAUUCAACGUGCAAUCGAUUCGCAAACACAUUGAUUCCGUCAAAAGUGAUGCUGUGUUCAUGAAUAGUCAUACAUAA